AUGCAGCGCAUUGUGCGCUUGCGAGGCUCUACAAAGGCAUUGAGCACCUCCGCUGGACAGCAAUUGCCCGCUGCUAUCCCUCCUCGAGCUGGAUUGCGGUUGCGGCAACACCUUGGCGAAAAUCGUCCUCUUGACUUGUGCCCAGUGCAGUUUCCAUCUGCAGGCGCCGCCGGCGCAUCUUGGCGCAGCAUACACUCCACCUCUACUCAAUUCAAUGCUACCGGACCUGGUCCCAGCGAGCACCAGAACCGUGCAGCUGAACAAAGUCCGCCGCCACACUGGUCGCCCAGCAAGUCCAAGGGCAAAGGCGUGCAAACGAAAAGCGCGAGCUCCUCCCGCGUGAAUCAGGGCUCGGUACACUCCGCCGCACCGAAGCACGACGCCGGAACCAAGAGCGCACCUAGCACGAUUUCUACAAACGCUACGGGCCUCUCGUCAAAACAUGAUCCUGGGUCGACCUCACAAAAGAAGCCUUCUGCGCAGGAAGCCUCCCCCAAAGCAGUGACUGAUCAAACCUCUAGUGGCGGCGUGCAGACGGACGAUGGCGCAAGACCUACGUUGUUGCAGCGAGUGCAGAAUCUGUGGCAGACAAUGCGGUUCCUUUUCAAGUUCUACUGGGCCGGUUUGAAGUCUAUCUGGGCGAAUCGCACUAGGGCAAAGGAGAUCCAGGCUCGGGUGGCUGCUAGGCGAGCCGAGGGCAAGCUCGAAGCAAAUGAGCUGGGCAUGAAUUGGGAAGAGAAGCAACUGAUGUGAGUGGAGCGUAGGGGAAACUAUGUAUGCUCAGUAUUUGGAGCUGCGGCUCAGUCGAAGAAUUCCGCUGUGUACUGACGAUGGUCGUUCUCUUUUGCGCUGCAGCCAAGUGCAUCACUCCGACAUGCGCAAGGUUCCUUUGUUUGUUGCUAUCCUUCUCAUUUUAGAAGAGCUGCUGCCAUUGCUCGUGAUUUAUGCGGUGCGUCCUUGCUGGAGAGCUCCGCAGAUCCGAAGCCCAAGCUGACAGCCGAUUGCUUGCCCUCCCCAGCCUGGACUCCUCCCUUCUACUUGCAUUUUGCCAUCUCAGGCUGCGAAGAUUCGAGCGAAAGCGGAGGUCGCUCGCAACACUGCUGUCGCUCACUUGCGAGAGGCUCAAAGCGCUGGCGGUCUGCCACUGCAGCUUAAUGAAGGACCAGACGCCGAAAAGGAAGCACUUAGCCAGCUUCCCGCUCAGGAACUCAAGGACCUGGCUCGUGUCUUUGCGUUGCCGACUUGGGGAACCUCGGCACUUGUGGCACGCAGGCUGCUCAAGCACGCAGAGUACCUGCGUGGGGAUGAUGAGGCGCUGCACGCCAGCCAAGGCAUCAGCUCAUGGCUACCUUCGGGCGACGAUCUGCUUCGCGCAGCAAGUGAACGCGGUUUGAGAGCUAGCGAAGUAGGAUCCAAAGAGCUGAGCGGAGGUGAGUCGUCCUGGCGAUAUCGCUCUGGUGCAGCACGCAACGCGGCUCACUCUCGAGGCUUUGCUUCCCUUCAUCAGCUUUGCGAGCAUACUUGAAGUUGGUCCGGUCGCAGCCUUUCAACCUGCUGAUGCCGUUGAAGCUGUACGACAGGCCAACCCCUGCUGAGCUGCUAGAAAGUCAUGGGAAGAUAUCUGCCGAGUCCGAGAAGGGCGUCUUCGCGCGCACAAGGGACGUCGUGGAGGAGGUUGUACAGGAGGAAAGGAGUAGAGAGACCAGGGAAGAGCGGAGCGAGGCUGAAAGUGAAGCUAAGAGGAAGCGUGAAGAGAAGCAAUGA